AUGUCUACACCAGGACAAAAAGUUCCGAACCCGCAAGUAGCGGUCAACAUACAAAAGACAAGUUCUGGCUUGUUAGAUAAAGUAUCCACCCUCCAACGACGUGUUACCAGCGAUUCGGUUAAAUCGGCUUUAGGAAUACUGCAAGAAAUUGGAAUAAAAGAUGAUAUCGAGGAUUUCAUACACGAAGUCGACCCAGACACUCCCGCCGAACGAGAUGCAGAAGCGCGAGAAAUCACACUUCGAAUAUUCAAGUUGGACAGAUUGUUGACCUUUCUGCUAUACUAUACUUCGCUAGCAUUGAAUUGCUUGACUUUGCUGGGUCCCUCAAAGUCAUUCGGGGAUUUCAUGUACAACGUAUUCAUUAAAUCGUUUGACGUCACAGAAUGGGAUUUUCUAAAGUUUACGACCGUUGGAAAAAUAAGCGGAGCUACGUGUACUUUACAGGUUGGAUUCUUUAUUAUUGCCAAUAUUUUAGUCUGGGUGUACAUCCGACUCCAUCCCCGAGGCGAAGAUGCACUAUACAAGGGAUUCAAAGGACCAACAUACUUUGGCGGUCCAUUGCAGAUAAUCCAUCUGUUUGGCCCUUCGUUGAAAUCCUAUUACAGGGCAAUCAGAAAAGUCGAUGCACAGUUUGUCGACAUUAUCAAUUUUAUAAGCCAAACGCUAAUCGUCAUUGUGACGGCGUUAUCGACACACAGUAAAUACGAAAUACUCGACUCUGAAGAAGGUCCGGAUUCAAGCGACUAUUUCUUUCGUCGUCAAUUUCCAGUCGACAAUUCGACCAUAGAGUCGCCGACAGAAGCUGAAUUACAGAAUCAAGCGGUGAUUGCUCAGUCUACCCUGGUUAUAUCUUCAGUGGCGAUAAUUAUGCUUGCAUUGCUGAAUAUGCUUUCAUGGCUCAGCAAUAUUUGGACCGUUAACCAGGACGAGGUUAUUGUGUAUGCGCUAUUUAAGCUGAUUACGAGGAUCCUAGUCUGUUAUCCGUGCUGUAGGGAUAAAUUUGUUAAUGAUGGUCGGGACGUAAAGGACAUAGAGAAAGAAAAACUGAUGGAGAAGGGGAAGAGUGUGAUGAGGGAAAAUAUUUAG